CCGAUAUCACCAUCAGGGCCAUUGCUCGACCUCGGGCUAAAGACUUAGGACCCACAGCAUUCUAAGCAUGCUCACAAAGUAGCUUUCUCUCGCACGCCUCUUGCCUGGUGAUCCACAUGUCCUUUGCUUCUCUAUUGUGACCGCUUGUAGCUAUGGCUUCAAGACGCGCGUGCACGCCUCUGCUGAGCCGAUCCUGCGCGAAGUCCAUACCACGAUUCGGAAGCUUGCCCACAGCACCUACAGCUCGUUCCGCCAGAGCUACUACUAUUCGCAAUUACGAACCACGGCGUCAUCUGUCGAGACAAUGCCGAUUCUUCUCAUCUACUACCGCUCGAAAACUCGCCGAGGCUCACGAGCAAACUUUCGACCCUAAGCAGCAAGAACGCGAGAGCGAUGAGGUAGAUGUCUGCAUUGUGGGAGGAGGUCCAGCAGGGUUGAGUGCUGCUAUCCGUCUCAAGCAAUUGGCGAACGAAGCUGGCAAUGAAGAGUUCCGCGUGAUUGUACUUGAAAAGGCUGGAGAGAUUGGCGAUCACAUUGUAUCAGGCAAUGUUAUGGAGCCAUCAGCCAUCAAGGAGUUACUUCCAGAUUGGCUCUCAGAAGACAAUCCAAAUCGAUUUGAGAGGGUCACCCCGGCGACAAAAGAUCAAAUGAAAUUCCUCACAAAGAACAGUGCGAUCCCGCUUCCAAAGCCGCCUCAGAUGAACAAUCAUGGGAAUUACAUAAUAAGCCUGAACGAGUUCACGAAGUGGUUAGGAGAGCGCGCAGAAGAGUUAGGAGUCGAGAUAUAUCCAGGAUUUGCUGGAGCAGAGCUUCUAUACACCGAUGAUGGGGCAGCUGUGAAGGGUGUGGCUACAAAUGACCUCGGUAUAUCUAGACAAGGCAAGGCCAAGGACUCAUUCGAACGUGGCAUGGAGUUUCAUGCCAAAGUGACUCUUCUUGGAGAAGGUGCCCACGGCAGCUUGACGAAACAGGUUGUUAAGAAGUAUGACCUCAGGAGAGAUAGUCAACACCAGACAUAUGCCUUGGGUAUCAAAGAGGUUUGGGAAAUCGAACCAGAGAAGUUUCAGUCAGGACUGAUUGUCCAUUCUAUGGGCUAUCCACUACCUAGUGAUACUUAUGGAGGUGGCUGGAUGUACCACUUUGGAGAGAACCUGGUCAGCAUUGGCUUAGUAACUGCUCUGGAUUACCCAAACCCCUGGCUGGCACCAUAUGGCGAAUUUCAAAAGAUGAAGCACCAUCCUUUGUAUAAGAGCACGCUUGAGGGUGGGAAAUGUAUCUCGUACGGCGCCAGGACACUCGUGGAAGGCGGCUUUCAAUCAAUACCAAAGGUCGCGUUUCCCGGUGGUGCAUUGAUUGGUGACACUGCAGGCUUCGUAAAUGUCCCAAAGAUAAAGGGCACACAUAACGCCAUGCGCUCUGGCAUGUUGGCUGCCGAAGCUGCUUAUGAAGCCAUCACAACCGAUGACGAGGGUGAUAUCUUCCUCUUCAAAUAUGAGGAUACCCUUCGCGAAUCCCCAAUCUGGAAGGAACUUAAGCAAGUUCGGAACAUGAGGCCUUCGUUCCAUGGCCCGCUUGGCCUCUAUGGUGGUGUCCUGUAUUCUGGGCUUGAAGCCUAUCUUUUCAGGGGCAAGACACCGUGGACAUUGAAACACGGCAAACCAGACCAUGCCGCCACCAAAACCGCUGAUCAGUGCCAGAAAAUCGAGUACCCUAAACCAGAUGGAAAGAUCAGCUUCGAUAUUCUGACAAGUGUGAGCAGAAGUGGCACAAAUCACGAGGAAGACCAGCCCGUACACCUACAGGUAAAAGACUGGGACAAGCACGCACAGAUGGAAUGGCCAAAGUACAAAGGGAUUGAGAACAGAUUUUGCCCAGCUGGUGUAUAUGAAUAUGUUGAAGACGAAACACGAGAUCUAGGUGUGAGGUUCCAGAUCAAUGCGCAAAACUGCGUGCACUGCAAGACAUGUGAUAUAAAGGUCCCUGACCAGGAUAUAAAUUGGGCUGUUCCUCAGGGCGGUGAAGGACCCAAAUACGUUAUGACAUAACGUCUACUCGUCCUCAGCUUGCUUUUCGUUGUAUAUAUUCCAUAUGCACUGUACAUAAGAAAUGCAUUUACACUUGAGCCUCUUCUUGUCUGAGGGGAGUUAUUAUCGAGACAGUG